CUUGGAAGCAUUUUGUGUUUUAGAUCAUCGGCUCGAGCCGAAGGUUUCAAGCUGUCGUCACUCCACCAAGUCAUCCUCAGCUUCGUGCUGUUUCUUCGCGCGGCGUACUCUUUUUUCCGCGGUACAUUUUUUCACCAGUCCAAACAUCCGUUCUCUACCAUGAUUCAUGUCAAAUGGGACAGGGAGAUACUGCAUUUUCCAGUACCUCCUCCGGAGACUAAGCUCGGAAAACUGAGAACAGACCUAGCAGACUAUACACACCUUCCUCUCGGAUCCUUCAAGCUCAUCCACGCUGGAGCUGUGAUGAAGGAUGAUUCCGCGCCACUGACAGCUUAUAAAAUACGCGAGAACUCUACUAUUGCGCUGAUCGGCGGUCAUUCACUUCCAUCAGCACCGACGACUGCACCACCAGCUAGACCACAACCCAAAGUGAAAGAGCCUCCAACAGAACAAAGCACUAUCACUGCUAUUAGGUCCGAGCUUGAUCGUGUACGGACAACACUGGUACCGGACGUCGACGCGUUGGUCGACGCACUUACUCCACCUGCAGCCACAACCGCGUCAUCUCCCACGUCUGCUCCAACACCCACAUCAGGAAGUACACCAACGCAGUCAUUUAGCUCCACUGCACAAGCUCCUCAUCUCCCCCCUCAUCCUACGUCCGCUUCCUAUACAUCGAAACCCACUUCAUCGGAUCACACGCGCUUAUCCGAACUUCUUUUGCAGUCGUUGUUGCGUCUUGAUGCUAUGCAUCUGGCGGGAUCGGAUUGGCCUGAGGCUCGAGCGGAACGUAAAGCUGCUGUUCGUGAGGUUCAGGGAGUGCUUGACCGGUUGGAUGGGGCUUGGUCGGCGCGGUGAGUGCUGCUAUGCAUGUAGGGUUGGCCCUAGGAUAUAUAGAUGGGAGCUAGCAAGUUCACUGUUGGUAUUAGAGGAUACUCCGGAUGGCACAUACCUUAAUAUACGGUGGAACUUUUGAUCUUUAUCUUUGAAAGGUUCCAGAUUAUGGGCUCAUCCAAGAUAGAAUUCCGACUGAAUUCAUGUUUACUGGAGAACUAAGACUAUUGCGAGUCGG